AUGAUGAACGGCCACGACAUGGAUCUGGAUCAUGUUGUAUCCGACGGAGACUGGAGGGGCUUGACACGGGGAGAGCUUCGAGAAAGCAUCCCACUACGAGGCGACCCUGUACAUGUUUGCCAAUGGCGGGCCACUGGCAAGAUUGUUCUCAAACCAGCGUGCUUUUGGAAGCAAGGCGACAGCCAUCAGUGGAAGCUCCUGCAAAGGCUCAAGCAAAAGGAGUACUGUCGGCACGUCCAGGUGCGACGGCAAGAGUGGCUGUUGCCGUUUGCGUGUACCAAGGGAGUAGCUUCAGAGGUUUUGGACUACAUUAUUCAGUCCGAUCCAGAGUCCAUCGGGGCACGAUGGGUGGGAGGAGAGAAUCAUGAGGGUGGGCCUCCAAAGGGAUCCCUUCCGCUUCAUUGUGCCUGCAGUGCUCUCGCCAACGAUUCCAACCACUGGGGAAGGUAUCAGUUGCGGCGUUUCCUUGCAUCCAUUCAAUUUUUGCUGGAAGCGGACACAGGUGCCGCCAUGGACAACGAAAACAGUUCGUUGGAACUACCAAUACACAUUCUGCUGAGUGGAAGACAACAAGAAGUUGGGUUGGGAAUCAGGGAAAUUGUGGUGGAGGAUCUCGUCGAGGCACAUCCAAAAGCGCUGGAAACCAAAAAUGGGCACGGGCACCUUCCAUUGCACCUUGCUGUUCUAUUCCAAUCCACCGAAAUCGUACAAUUUCUCGUUUGGGAAUACCCGGCAGCAGCUUGUGUACAGGAUAACCAAGGGAAUCUGCCCUUUACCUUGGCGGUGGAAGCAAGGCGUCCCAUGUCCAUCCUCUUGGUGCUGUUGCGUGCCUUUCCGCAAGUUUUGGCGGGGAGAAGUAAAAAAGGGUGUCCGGGGAGAGAUUCAUCUCGCCAAUUCUUACUUCAUGGUCAGAACGGCUUGGAGAGUGAUCGACAAAUUGCAUUGUUUUUACGUCAAGAACGAAAGGUUGUGAGGAGCAAACUGUUGGAUUGUAUCGAGUCUGAGGAGAGGAUGGUCCUCAAAAGGGCUGCCAAAGUGGUUUAUCAGGAAUUGGCUAUAAGCCAUAUCACAGACUGGAUGAGCUCUGUGAGCCGGAAUCUGGCAGUGAUCCUGCAAGAUGAUCACAAGAGUGUUGAGGACAGUGGUGUCCAUGAGUGCGUGGUGCCUCUUCUGGAGUGGGUACGCCAUCAGAAUGACCCUGUGCAGAAGAAACUCGAGAAACUGGCUUUCCGAUGGGAUCGUAUUGCAAGGCUGGCAGCACCCGACGGGGACUUUUGA